AUGACUAGUUUGGUGCCCAACAUUCGUCUCACAUACUGUACACACAGGCAUACUGUCUGUAAACGCGAUAACACUUGUCUGAAUGCCAACCCGAUAUUAAUGGGUAAAGCGAGUGAACGCAUGCAGAAUCCAAACGGAUAUUCAAUACACCGACGGAAACAUAAUUGUGAUAAUGAAUCCGAAGAGAGAACUAAUUGUUUCGCUUUCUAUAGAAAACUUCCAAAGUCUGAGUCCUUCCAUACCAUGCAAUUAGCUUUACUUAACUCAGGCCUUAUGGCCAUCAAUAGUGAUCACACCAACAGUGCUAUCAAUCAACUCAUACCACAAACACGUCAAGAAUUGUCCAAAUUUAGACGUUAUGUCCAACGGAUAAGAAAAUUUGAUGUUUUGACCAGAAUUGAGUAUAAGACUAUUUUCAUCUCCAAACAGAAUAAGCGCUUAGUUUACGAAAGCAAUGAACACUCACUUCACUUCUCUUACUUACGUAAAAUUUGA